GGUGCCAUGCACUCGGACGACGUUGUCUGGGACAUGCUGGGGAACAGGCAGUUCUGCUCCUACAAGAUCACGACAAAAACCCAGAACUUCUGCCGCAAUGAGUACAACCUGACGGGGCUGUGCAACCGCUCCUCCUGCCCACUGGCCAACAGCCAGUAUGCCACCAUCAGAGAGGAGAAAGGUCGGUGUUACCUGUACAUGAAGACAAUAGAGCGGGCGGCUUUUCCUCGUCGCCUAUGGGAGAGGGUCCUGCUCAACAAGAACUAUGAGAAAGCACUGCAGGAGAUCGAUGAGAACCUCAUCUACUGGCCGCGGUUCAUCCGACACAAGUGCAAGCAGCGCUUUACCAAGAUCACCCAGUACCUCAUCCGCAUCAGGAAGCUGACACUCAAGCGACAGAGGAAGCUUGUUCCUCUACGCAGGAAGAUUGAAAGGCGGGAGAAGAGAAGAGAGGAGAAAGCCCUGGUUGCUGCUCAGCUGGAUAAUGCCAUUGAGAAGGAAUUACUGGAAAGGCUGAAGCAGGAUACGUAUGGAGACAUUUACAACUUCCCCAUCCAUGCCUUUGACAAAGCUCUGCAGGAGCAAGAUGCAGAAAGUGAGAGCGAGUCCGAUGCAGAGAGGGAAGAAGAUGAGGAGGUAAUGAUGGAUAAAAGAGAGUUUGUGGAAGGAGAUGACAGUGACCUCAGCGACUUUGAGGACAUGGAUAAGUUAGAGACAAGUAGUGAAGAGGAGCAGGAAGUGGAGCAAGAAGUAAAGAAAGGCUCUCACUCCAAAUCUAAAGGGAAAACUCCCCUGAAAGGACCAGCCAGAAGAAAACGUCCCUACAUUGAAAUAGAGUAUGAAAAAGAAACAGAGCCAGCCAGCAAAACAAAAGCAGCCUGACUCCUUCAACCUGCACUUUGUACUGAAUGACAGGACCCCUUCAUCUGCCACCAGAACUCCUUCCAGCUUUUGCCACUCUGCAGGACCCUUCAUAAUUGCUCCUUAUACUCCAGACUAGUACUUUUCUUUAUGAAAAGAAGGGUUUCGGACCCGACCCCAGGCAGUUGCAGCCAGUUUGUGCUUACAUGAAGCAGUUUUAAGAAAGAAGAUUUGACCUUCUCUGCAACUAGACAAGGCUCAGCUUGAACUGUGCGCUCCAGGAAGGAGCCUGGGCUGGGGGCACUGCUGCCUUGUUCUAAAGCUGUAGGUAGGUGAGCACACA